AUGGGUGGUAAAUUCCAUCUAAGGCUAAAUAAUGGCAAGAGACCGAUAGCGAACAAGGAAACGAUUGAAGCCAGUCGUGCUGGCGGGAAAUCAGCUUCCGGGAUUACUGGGGGUGCACUUUCUCGCAAGGCAGCGGGAGCCUUUCAGGCUAAGUGCCUGGCCCUUGUUUGUGAUCGUCUUGGCAACAGCGUGCUGGUGUCGGGAACGAUUCGUGGACACGGGGUGUAG